AUGUCGAAGAGCACAGGAUCCUGCCUCUGCGGCAAAGUCACCUACGAGAUCGAAGGCGGCCCCCUUAACAAGGCCCUCUGCCACUGCAACCAAUGCCAAAAGUCUUCCGGCUCCGUUUACACCACCAAUAUUGUCAUCAGCAACGACUUCUUCACGUCCUCGGGCAAAACAAAGUCGUACUCGACAAAAGCCGAGUCUGGCCGCGUCGUCACCUUUGUCUUCUGUCCCGAAUGCGGGUCCCCGCUGUGGCGCGAGGGGGACAUGGCGCCCGAUGCGAAAGUCGUGCGUGCAGGGACCCUUGAUGACAAGCAGGCCAGGGAGGAGGCGGUGCCGUUGGCGGAGGUAUAUGCAGAGAACCGUGUGGGGUGGUUAAAGGAGCAGCAGGAUGCGAAGCAGUACCCGAAGAUGUUCUGAGGGAUCGCUGGAUGUUAGCGGGAUGUGUAUAGAGAGUGUGGUGCGUUUGCAUUGUCGGAGCUGAGAUGGUGAGGCGUUGGUUUUCACGAUUCGCCGGUCAGUAGGUUGGUGUCCCGAGUGGAAGGAAAGUAUGGUGUCUACUUUCUCAUG